AAGCAGUCGUUAGAUAGACAGUGUCAGUCUCACACUAAACACCGUGGUUGUUGCACUCGUGGGUGCUAGUCGGUCGGUGCACUCGUGUGUGUGUGUGCGUGCCGAGGAAAAAUCGCGAUAAAUUUAACAACGGCAAUAAAAAUAAUAACAACAACAUCGCCAAAAACACAUACAACGGGUGUGAAUUUCGUCACAUAAAAAGAUAAUUAAAUUAAUUUGCAAUAAAAUAAUAAUUAUUUGUUUAUGUUAUGAAUUUCUUAUGAAAAUAAACACACACACACACACACACAUCUUGGCAUAACCUUUAAAGCUUGUUGUGUUUCACAUCCUCAAGUGGCUUUGUAUGACGUUAUAACUUUUGGUAGCAGCGGUAACAGUUAAGGAAAUAUGAAAGAAACUUACUGUGAUUUUAUUGCGGGUUGUUUUGGUGGAGCUUGUGGAGUAUUUGUGGCUCAUCCCUUGGAUACGAUUAAGACAUGGCAACAAGCCUCCAAUACCUCCGUGCCAACAGCGAUUACACAAAUCUAUAAACGCAACAAUGGGAUCAACGGAUUUUACAGAGGAAUGUUUUUUCCAUUUGUUACAAAUGGUGCUAUCAAUUCCAUACUUUUUGGAGUUUAUGGCAAUCAUUUGCGGCAGCUGAGACGCGUUUGCCACAGUGACUAUCAGCGAGAACAAUUGGAAUAUAAGAAUAUGUUCAUAGCGGGUUCAAUAGCAGGGUUUGUGCAAUCGUUUAUAGCAUGUCCCAUAGAGUUGAUAAAGGUGCGGCUGCAGACACAUCAUUAUUACAACAAAUAUAUUUAUGGCAAACGAAGAACCCCCAUGUGGAUGUUUAAGCGUAUUGUUCAAAUGGAUGGCUUUUCGGGUCUGUUUAGAGGCCUGGUGCCCAUGAUGUGUCGGGAUGUCUUUCCUUAUGGUAUAUAUAUGCUGGGUUAUCGUUACACCACCACCUAUUUGGACAACACUGAAUUUGUACAGGCCAGACGUAGACAACGUUCCGACGAGGACACCGAAGUAGAUUUUGUUGUAACAACCCUGGCGGGAGCCUGGGCGGGCAUAUUAUCUUGGGUUUGUGUCAUACCUUUCGAUGUGGUCAAGACCAUAAUGCAGGCCGAGGAGAAUCGUAAAUAUCACUCGACAACACAUUGUAUAAUAGAUAAUUUCCAGCGUUAUGGCUGGCGAAGUUUAUUCCGCGGCAGUUGGAUGCUGGUGGUCAGGGCUAUACCGUUUAAUGCCGCCACAUUUUUGGGCUAUGAAUACGCUUUGGAAUGGUGUCAUAAAUAUUUUCAAGUUCAAACAAGAGGACCAAAAUUCAUUUAGAUUAAGUUUAUCUCUCCUUAAUGCUUAUUUUGUUAUUUAUUUAUUUAUUUAUUAUUUUCAAUUGGCUUAUGUAUGGUUUUGAGUUGUUAAGUUUUAACUAUUAUUUAAUAAUUGUCAAAAUUAAUCAUUUAUAUCAAAUGUCAUUAAAAAUUUGUUUUAUCUAAUGAAUUAAUUCGUUUGUGAAUCAAUGAGAAAAGAACUAGGGAUAUCAAAUCUGAUUAUGUUUUUUAUAUGUUUAUACUUUCAAAUGUCAAAUUUAAUUAUCAAAGACUUUGUCAAAUUUUAUGUUUUUUACAAAACUUCUUUUAAAAUUGGAUUUAAUUAAGAUUUUUAUUUAUUUUUUUUUUAAUUUUAAAUAUAUGUAUAUAAAAAGUUUAAUUGAA